CGGUGAAUGGUGAUAGUGAUCUCCGUCGUCGUGCGAAAUGCUUAACUCCCCAAUAACAACCAAGUGCUUAUAAAUACGUGUCUAUUUCCAUCAAUUAUCUCAUUCCCAAUAAAAUCUUAUGUAACGGCUACCCACAAAUUAAUCCGAAUUUAUAAACAUUUGUCAUACCAGAAACCUACUCGUAUCAAUAUCCAUUUAACAUUCUAUCAAAAUGUGUGGAAUUCUCGCUGUUCUGGGUUGUUCUGAUGAUUCUCAGGCCAAAAGAACCCGUGUUCUUGAGCUUUCUCGCCGAUUGAAGCACCGUGGUCCUGACUGGAGUGGGAUCUAUCAAAAUGGAGAUUGUUAUUUGUCUCACCAACGCCUAGCUAUUAUUGACCCUGCUUCCGGUGAUCAACCUCUUUACAAUGAGAGCAAAACUAUUGUUGUCACUGUUAAUGGUGAAAUUUACAAUCAUGAGGUACUAAGGAAGAGUCUUCCUAAUCACAAGUUCCGAACUGGGAGUGACUGUGAUGUUAUCGCGCAUCUUUACGAGGAGCAUGGAGAAAACUUCAUUGAUAUGCUGGAUGGAGUGUUCUCUUUCGUGUUGUUGGACACACGAGACAACAGUUAUAUUGCAGCUCGGGAUGCUAUUGGCAUUACCUCCCUUUAUAUUGGUUGGGGUCUUGAUGGUUCAGUUUGGAUCUCAUCAGAGCUAAAAGGUUUACAUGAUGACUGUGAACAUUUUGAAUCCUUUCCUCCUGGUCAUCUGUACUCAAGCAAAACUGGUAGUUUUCGCCGUUGGUACAACCCUCUUUGGUUCUCUGAGGCUAUUCCUUCUGUCACAUAUGACCCUCUAAUCUUAAGAAAAGCCUUUGAAGAUGCUGUAAUCAAGAGGCUGAUGACUGACGUUCCCUUUGGAGUACUUUUAUCCGGAGGCUUAGAUUCAUCGUUGGUUGCCUCGAUUACUUCACGUCACUUGGCUGGCACGAAGGCUGCUAGGCAAUGGGGAUCACAACUCCAUUCCUUCUGUGUUGGACUUGAGGGAUCACCCGAUCUGGUGGCUGCUCGAGAGGUGGCUGACUAUUUGGGUACUGUCCACCAUGAAUUUAACUUCACUGUUCAGGAUGGUAUUGAUGCUAUUGAUGAUGUAAUCUACCACAUUGAGACUUAUGAUGUCACAACCAUUAGAGCUAGCACACCUAUGUUCCUCAUGUCACGGAAAAUCAAGUCGCUUGGGGUCAAAAUGGUCAUGUCAGGAGAAGGGGCCGAUGAGAUCUUUGGUGGGUACCUCUACUUUCAUAAGGCACCUAACAAGGAAGAGUUUCACCAAGAAACAUGCCGCAAGAUAAAAGCCCUUCAUUUAUAUGAUUGCUUAAGAGCAAACAAGUCAACUUCUGCUUGGGGUUUGGAGGCUCGGGUUCCUUUCCUUGAUAAGGAGUUCAUCGAUGUUGCCAUGUCUAUUGAUCCCGAGUGGAAGAUGAUUAAACCGGAAGAAAGGCGUCUGGAGAAAUGGAUUCUUAGGAAGGCUUUUGAUGAUGAGAAGCAGCCUUACUUGCCAAAGCACAUAUUGUACAGGCAGAAGGAGCAAUUCAGUGAUGGUGUAGGAUACAGUUGGAUUGACGGACUCAAAGCACAUGCUGAACAACAGGUGACAGAUAAGAUGAUGCAGCAAGCUGAACAUAUCUUCCCACAUAACACUCCAAAGACUAAAGAAGCCUGCUACUACAGGAUGAUCUUUGAGAGGUUAUUCCCACAGAACUCUGCUAGGCUGACAGUUCCUGGAGGCCCUAGUGUGGCAUGUAGCACAGCCAAGGCUAUUGAGUGGGACCAAUCUUGGUCGACGAACCUUGAUCCAUCGGGUAGGGCUGCCCACGGAGUCCACAACUCGGCCUAUGAACGACAACCUAGUGGCUCAAACAUAAAUAUCCCAGCUAAGAUUAUCGGUGACAUGCCUCGGAUGAUUGGAGUUUCUGCUCCAGAACUUGUUAUUAAGAGCUAGUUAAGCUGAUGGUUAAACCUAUACAAUAAUUAAUAGUAAUAUGUAACAUAAUCUUUGCCUUUUGGUAUUAAUUAGUCCUAUAAAUAUUGCACUAUGAAAAUGUACGAAGCGAGAAACGUCAGACAGGUGGCGAAUCUGAAGAUUUAUGAUAUUAAUAGUAGUGGUUUUAGGUGUGAAUGUAUGAAGGAUGUAGAUGUUUGUGUUUAAGUAUGUGGAGCAAAUAAAGUUUAGAUAUCAAAUUAUCCUACUUCAAUUUCUUA